CCUCAGGCAGACACUGACGGAGACAGACACUGGGAAUCGUAGUUCUUCAUGUUCGAGCGCGGUUUAUUGGUCACUGAUUAGAACGGAUUAUGAACGCUUUUGGACAUCAGCCAUCCAACCCUCAAGCCAGCCCUAUACAGCACCAUAGCGCUCAAGAGAUUCUGGACAUGGCAGUGUACUGUGACAACUUUGGUAUGUACCAGCAGAAUUUACAUCACCACCCGCAAAGGCCUCCGGCGCAUGCUCCCAGCUACGGUCUCGGGGAGUACACCUCCCCGACCACAAACCCUUACCUGUGGCUGAACGGCCCCGGUAUUAACUCGUCUCCUUACCUCACGGGAACGAAUGGGACGUCCUACAUACAGUCUGGAUACGGAGCGAACCAAAGGCAAUUCCUGCCGCCGCCCACGGGUUUUGGUAGUGCUGACCUCGGAUGGCUUUCUAUUUCCAGCCAGCAAGAACUGUUCAAGAUGGUCAGACCUCCAUACUCCUACUCUGCUCUGAUAGCGAUGGCAAUUCAGAAUGCCCAAGAUAAGAAAUUGACACUGAGCCAAAUCUAUCAGUAUGUGGCUGAAAACUUUCCUUUUUACAAGAAAAGCAAAGCUGGUUGGCAAAACUCGAUCCGCCACAAUUUGUCACUGAAUGACUGCUUCAAGAAAGUGGCGAGGGACGAGGAUGAUCCCGGUAAGGGGAACUACUGGACAUUGGACCCAAACUGUGAGAAAAUGUUUGACAACGGUAACUUCAGGAGGAAAAGAAAGAGGCGAGCUGACAUGAACGGAGACACAGGGACGCUGCCAGCAGCGGUGAAGAGUGAAGACACCGCGCUGAAACUCUCCGACACCGCCAGCAUCCUUAGCUCAUCCCCGACAAGUUUGCAGAAUUCUCCCGCUUCCACCGAUUCCAAAUCUUCUCCACCUCCAUCGGUUGAACACAGCCCCUGUUACAACAACUUCGUAUCUAACAUGAACUCUAUGCUGGUUGGGAGCAACAACGGCAUCAGAGGGAGAGAUUUCGGUUCUGUACAUCUUGGAGAUUUGUCACAAAGAGAGAACAUGUCUGGACUUGGCUCGUACUCACCCACUCAAAACACUUCAUUGAACUCUGAUAGCACGCACCUCACCUCGAACAGAAUGAACUACUACGCACCUGUACACAACAGUGCAGGCUUGGGCAACCCUAUUUCAAAUCAUUUCAGUGUUAAUAAUUUGAUAUACAGCCGAGAAGGAACAGAAGUGUAGCCGUAGGUUUCUGAUGUUGGUUUAAUCUGUUAACAUAUUGUGUAAACUCAUGGAACAACAAUGCAAGCUGUAUAGCCGUACUUCACUUGCCAAAGUUAAUAUCUUUACUGUAUAGGCCAAAUAGAAUAACGUUCAGCUAAAUGUAUGCACUAAUGAACGGGCUACUGAACAGCUCAUUUGUGCACAAAUGUAUUUUUGCCCAUUAGGUCUAUGUAGCUGCAUGGUUAAACUUUGCCUCUGACGAGACUGACAUUUAACAGGAGACAACAUUUUGUACAGGAAUGUAUUUGAACGUGUAAAACGUUUUAGGUCACUGCAUGUAGACCUAUUAUGUGUGUAUUUUAUUUAAACCCAUUGUCAUUAUUUGAAUAAAUGUAU